UUCCGCUCGGAAGUGUGCAGAAAGGCCCGCCCACCGGGGCUCUGCGAAUGACGCUAGGCGGCGCGGGGCUAGUGGCGUAGACGCUCGCGGUCCUUGGUCUCAUCCGGUGGCUUGGGUAUCCUGCCUCCUCGUUGGCCCUGCGGCCAUUUUGAGCUUCACUGCCACCGCGCUUGCCUGCUCAACCCUUCCGGUGUCGCGCUCCUCAGGGGCUUAACGGUCGGUCUCUCUGUAAAAGUCGUCUCCGUCAUUGCGGAAGGGCUCCUAUCUAUGGUGUUGACGCCUCCAGCAGACUAGGACACGUCCUUUCCUGACAGAAUGGAUGUUGCUUCUGCCGUCGCCUCCUUCGCUGGCCGUUCGGCACUGUGGUCUGCUGCCGGUAGCCGAAGCCGCUGCCUUCUGUGGCUUUUCUGCUGGCCCGGCGAUCGGCCUGGAGUACCGAUUCCGCCACUGGGCGAGGCCAAGACUGUGUAGGCCUCUGAAUCCCGUCCGACCUCCAGCCGCAGAAUUCCGCCGGCCUACGGCGAGAGACUGCCAAGAAAAAGGAGAUGGAGCCGGGGACGGGCGGAUCGCGGAAAUGGUCUGCUCCUCGGGCUGGCUCCCGGUUCUGGCUGCCUUUCUUUUUUUCUAGGCAAUCGCUUCCAGGCUCUUCCAAGUUCCCUACACCCUCUGACCCAGAAAAUUUCAGGGACACUACACUGCUUUCCCCUGCCCAGCCCGAGGCUCGGACCCGCUACUGGACCAAGCUGCUUUCCCAGCUCCUUGCGCCGCUCCCCAGCUUGCUUCAGAAGCUGCUGAUUUGGAGUCAAAUCCAACUUAGUGGGCUGAUUCCGACAAGAUGGCUAGAUUUUUCUGCAGGCUACAGCGCUCUGAGAGCCCUGAAAGGACGGGAGGAAGUAGCCGACCCCACAACGGAGAAAUCUUUGAGUUCGCUGCGGUUCAACUCAUCAGACUACUCGGUUGCCAGUCCCCUUGACUGGCUGGAGGAGGGGAUCCACUGGCAGUGUUCGUCCCCACACCUAGAACUGGACCUUAAAACCAGGGGAAAUGCUUUGGACCGUGCAGUACACGUGCUUCUUUUAGAGCAGCAGCUGUGGAAAGUAGAGCUGUUGCCGAGUGGCCUUCAGUCCCAUAUGUACUCUGACCGGGAACUUGGCUCUUCACCCUCCGGCCCUCUCAGCGUUCAACGCUUAGGCAAUUUCAACGUAGUCUCCUAUUUGCUGAACUCCACCUCCCUGGACGGCCUUCCCCAGCUGGAGCUCAGCUAUCAGAACAGCGUUGGAAGUGGCGAGUUAGUUGAUUUCCAGGAACUAACUCCGGAGUACAGCUGCCUGAUUGAGGACGAUUGUCUUCCCCAGCCACUGAAUGCAGAGAUAUCUCCAGCCUCAUGGCAGGGAUGUCCACCUCUUUCUAGAGAAGGCCUGCCGGAAAUUCACCAUCUUCGCAUGAAACGGUUGGAAUUCCUUCAGCAGGCUAGCAAAGGGCAAGAGUUACCCACCCCUGACCAAGAUAAUGGCUACCACAGCCUGGAGGAGGAACACAGCCUUCUCCGGAUGGAUCUGAAACACUGCAGAGAUAAUACAACACAGUUUGUUCCCCCUGCUGGAGCCAUUCCAGGAACCACCCAGGAACUUACUGAGGAAAAAAUUGAAUUGUUGACUAGAGAGAUUCCACAUGCUUUGGAAAAACAGAGCCCAUUGGAGAGCUGUCCUUCUUGUGAGGUACCUAUGGUAAAAGAGCCUAGAGAGGACCAAAUUAGUGUAGUUGACUACUCCUGCAAAGAUGACCUUCCCAUUUCUACCAGACCAGCAUGUAGUAACAAACUGAUAGAUUAUAUUUUGGGAGGUGCAUCCAGUGACCUGGAAACAAGUUCUGAUUCCGAAGGUGAGGGUUGGGAUGAGGAAGCUGAGGAUGAUGGGUUUGAUAGUGAUAGCUCACUGUCAGCAUCAGACCUUGAACAAGACUCUGAAGGGCUUCACCUUUGGAACUCUUUUUACAGUGUAGAUCCUUACAAUCCCCAAAACUUUACAGCAACAAUUCAGACUGCUGCCAGAAUUGUUUCUGAAGACCUUUCUGAUUCAGAGAAUGAUUUAUCUGACAGGUCUGACCUAGAGAAUUCCUCCCAGACCGGAAGCCUUCCUGAGAGCCCUGACCAUAGUUCUGGGGAGGAAGAUGAUUGGGAAUCUAGUGCAGAUGAAGCGGAGAGUCUCAAACUUUGGAACUCUUUCUGUAAUUCUGAUGAUCCGUACAACCUUUUAAAUUUUAAGGCUCCUUUUCAAACAUCAGGGAAAAAUUGGAAAGGCUCUUGUGACACAAAGAGACUACCUGAGUCCAUUGUGGGCAUUUCUGAUUCUUGCACCUUACUUUCUUGUAAAGUGCAACUGUUAGGGAGCCAAGAAAGUGGAUGUCCAGACUUGGUACAGCGUGAGGUUCUUUCUGGAGAAAGACACACACAUAUCAAAAGAAAAAAGGUAACCUUCCUUGAAGAAGUUACUGAGUAUUAUAUAAGUGGUGAUGAGGAUCGCAAAGGACCAUGGGAAGAAUUUGCAAGGGAUGGAUGCAGGUUCCAGAAACGAAUUCAAGAAACAGAAGAUGCUAUUGGAUAUUGCUUGACAUUUGAGCACAGAGAAAGAGUAUAUAAUAGACUCCAGGGAACAUGCUUCAAAGGACUUCACGUUUUUGAGCAAUGUUAAGAUGAGUUACAUAUGACAGCCUGUUGCCCUAACAUACAUUACCUCUUAUUGAGAGGUUUCUUUUAAAAACAAAAUUGGCAGCUGUCUUUUGACCUGUUUUUAGAGGAAGUGUAACUUGGAUCCCGUGAUUUGAUUUUUUUUUUUUUUUUUUUGGGCAACAUAUCCCACUUAGAAACAUUCAGGUUUAAAGUCAUUCCUGAUGAUGAAGAGAUUGGGGGUUUUUUUGUUGUUUUUUUUUGGGCUAGGGCUGGGUUUGAAACCACCACCUCUGGCAUAUGGGGUCGGCGCCCUACUCCUUUGAGCCACAGGUGCCACCCUUUAUUGUUGGUUUUAAAUGACCUUUGCUUGUUUAGAGUUGUCCUUUUGCACUUUCAAAACUUAAAUUGUCUUGGAAAAUAAUAUUUAUAGGGCCUAAAGCCCAUUUCAGUUUUAGUUUAAGUUACAUAAUGCUGUCUGAAAACUUUGUGCUCUUUCUUGUUUGAAAUCAGUGUGCUUCUAUGUUUCUCUAUAUUUUUUAAUUUCUGUGAUUAGGCCUAGCUCUCUUAUGUUUAAAAAAAUAAUCUUAUAUAUGCUACUAACUUAAAGUACAUUAUCUUGUGUCACUUAUUUUUCCUUGUAAAAAUGGAUUUGGUUAAAAAUGUGUGGUAGAUUUUUAUUAGGUUCUACCUAAGAUGUUUCUGUGGAUUGCCACAAAAAUCUUGGCUACGUUGGGAAAGCUGUAUCUGUCUGCCAAAUAUUAACACCUAACAUAUUCAAUUUCUGUGCAAAUUGUUCUUUGGAGAUGGUUCUGUAUAUGUUGUGGUUCCGCGUUGAAUGUGUUUCUUUGUACCUUAUAACAGGUACAAAUUGUAAAACACUCUAGAAAGUACUAAUUGUAUCAUAGGCAUUUAUUUUUUAAACAAAAGCCUAGUGUUUUCCUAGGAGGAUGUCAGGAGACAUCUCAGAGUAAUUUGGUUUUGUUGUGUAUGCUCUCAACAUAAAACCAGUGUUAUUAAUACCAAGCCUCAGCACUGUCACUUUUAAAACCUGUCAGGAUGACACUGUAAACUUGAAAUGGGCAGUUCUAAAUUUUCAAGCUGAAAUGUAAAAUAUAAACUUCAACAAUAUC